UCGGAGUCUCAAACAUUAAGAUGAAAAUGCUAAAGAGGACUAUCUCCGCCGUAGAGGCAAGUUGUUCCUCUGAUCUUGUCAAUAAACGAAGUGCCACAGAACUACCCGAGAUCCAUGAACAGGAAAUUGUUGCAGAUAUCAUUCGAAUGAUUUUGGGAAAAGUCUCCCGCAACUUGCGAAUACGAAAUGAGCAUAUUCACUCCAUACUUCAAACACUGUAUAGCAAAGGAAAUCUCAAAUACUGGAUUUCAGCUGUCAAAAAAGAAUUGGAAUUCACUUAUGGUCUAUCAUUGGAGCAGUGUGGCAGUGACAUAACAGUUUUCUCAAAUCUCAAAGCACAUUCCAGGGAAAUUUUCUAUUCUUUAUGUGAAGCGAAUUCGCCUCUGGUCGAUUAUCAAGCUAAUCUUCUGAGCUCAAUAUUCUUGAUUCAUAAGUCUAAAAAAGAUUUGAUGUCCAUCAACACAUCAGACAAAGUCAUGGGCGGGAUCACUAUGUUGAUCAUAUCAAUAAUAGUUUUGAGUGAAAACAGAAUAAAUGAAAACGAUCUCGUCAACAGUUUAUCUGCUUUUGGAAUAUCUAGUAAUCUCAGCAUACCAGUUCCUCUUCUAAACAAACCAAUUCAAAAUAUUUUAGGAGAUAUUGCCAAAAGAGAUUAUAUAAAGAAGACGUCGCCAGCUGGAGCUGAUCAGUCGGGAUCUUAUAUUGAGUAUUCGUUGGGAGAGCGGUGCAAGCGAGAAUUUGAUUCCCAGUGUAUUUAUAAUUUUUUUCUUCAAAUCUACAAAGAAAAAGAUCUUCAAGAUAAGAUUUGUGAGUCUAUGAAGCGUUGCUUUCCCGAGUUUGAACCCAAUUUAAAUGAAGAAGCCACGUUGAAUGACAUGGAUCUGCAUAUACCAACAUAGCAUAUCAAAAAAUGAAAAGCCACUGAACAAACAACUGUAGUUGAACCGAUAUUGAGGCAUGUUAAAAUGUGGUCUUCAAUUUGGUGACUUU